UCUGCUGCAGUGUUACCUGAUAAGACCAGAUGGAAUUAUUAUUUCAGAUUUGUUCAAUUCAUUUUCUUAUAAGAGCAUCAUGAAUAUGUUCUGAGUGGAUGUUAUAAUUCGUUCCACUUAUUACAUGAGUGGAAUGUUUUCUUUUUUUGGAGAAAUUGAAGGUAUCUUCCAUCAUGUUGAAGAAUAGCAUGCUGAUGUUUAUCGUCCUCUGCUGCCUCUGUGUGAGCACAAGAGUUGUGAAUGCAAAGAAGUUACCUGAACAAGAUACCAUAAAGGCUCAAUUUAAAAGUUCUGAUGUCCUAAAGGUAAAUGUUGAGACAUCAUCUACACACGAGGCAACAACGGACCUGUCUUUAGCAUCUGAAGACCCUGUAAAUGUUCAGAAUACCUCCAUUCAGGCUGCCAUACAGAAACCCCUAAAUGCCCCAAUGAAUGCAUCUGGUGCCUCAGUGCAGGUCCCAUCAGAUCAGUCCAGGCUCAUCAGAAUCCCUCUGAGCUUGUCUCUGGACUCUGUCGAUGACAUGUAUUACGGCUGCUCCGAGAGGAUGCUGAUCAAAGUAAAACGUCACUUCCUCCCGAGGAGCACCAGGGAAGGUCUGCACUCCACAUACACCGGCUUUUGUGCCCUCAAAGCCAUGAAGAAUAAGGACAUCUAUGACCAGCUGUCCAGGGAUCACUUCAGGGCUCUAUGUGCCUACACCGCCGGGUCAUAUUACGACUUAAACCACGCAGUCCGCCGAGGGAAGGCUUCGUACAGUACCUCGUUUGAAUUCAAUGCCCUCCACUUCCUGCUUAGUGAUGCCAUCCGGCUGCUAAAAGUCAACCAAAGGAGCUGCUUCACCACCUACCGGAGAAGCAGACUGCUCUUCAGCGGGGAAUUGGGACAAACCAUCCGCUUCGGCUCAUUUGCCUCCAGCUCCUUCAACAAAAACUUGCAUCAGUUUGGACGAGGGACCUGCUUUGAGAUUGACACAUGUUACGGCGCCUACCUCAAGUCCUAUUCCGAGUUUGACUCAGACGAGGAUGAAGUAUUGAUUCCUCCAUAUGAAAUGUUCAAUAUUGUCUCUGUGGACAUGUCAGGAGAGAAUGAUUUACAUUGUCAUGCUUUCUACAAGCUUGAGACUGCUGGGGUUUACAGCAAUCUCAACUGCCAGGCUGUUGACCCUUCUAAACUAACAACAUUGUUUUAAUACAUCAGUUUAGCCUCGUCCAGGCAACAUAUUCUUUUAUGCUUCACUGUCAAUUUAUUAAAACAAUGGCUUUUUCUUUUGAGAUUGUGAAAUGAUGGUAUAUAAUCCUGUACAAGCCACAAGACUGUAUGAUAACCUUGUUUAAU